AAUCGAUUUUUAGGUUUACAAGAAACAGCUUUAUAUACUGUACUACAAAAAUGACCGAAUGUAUCGAUCAAUACAUCAUUCCUGCAAACCGUACGCCACGAAAAAAACCAAUAAAGUCUAAUAUAUUUUUCGAAGAAAUAGACGAAGUUGAUAAUGGAUCAUCGAUGUCUUUAGAUUAUCGAUUUGAAUCCGCUCGUUUGACAAGCUUUAAAAACUGGCAAUGUUCAUCGACAAAGCCAGAGGAACUCGCGGCGGCUGGGUUUUUUUAUACUGGCGAAAGCGACAAAGUAAAAUGUUUCGAGUGUAAUAUAGAAAUAUGCCAAUGGCGGGAAGAAGACAAUCCAAUGGUCGAUCAUCAGCGAUGGUCUGGUAAAUGUAGAUUUAUUCGUAAAAUUCCAUGCGGCAAUGUGCCGAUCGGUACAGAUCCUAACACAAUUCCGGCACCUGUGCCUAAAGGAGUGGAUGUAUGUGGACCUUAUGGUUCAAUAUACAUGCCUUAUUCCGGUCCAGAUCAUGAUGAUCGAGAGAUUGAAGAAAGAGUGAAUUCUAGGCUGUAUAGAGGGUUUACAUCAAGACCGAAGCAUCCCGAAUAUGCUAGUUUUACUGCCAGAUUAACAUCGUAUGAUAGAUGGCCUAAAGCAAUGUCACAAACUAAAGAAGAACUAGCAAAUGCUGGUUUCUAUUACACAGGAAGUGGCGAUCAAACAUUAUGCUAUCACUGCGGUGGAGGAUUAAGAGAUUGGGAGCCAAAUGAUGAUCCUUGGGUAGAGCAUGCCAAAUGGUUUGAAUAUUGUCCUUAUCUGCUUGUGACUAAAGGAAUGGAGUUUGUAAGCAACGUUACUGGGAGAACGCAUACCGGAGCAGAAAACAUACCAUCUGCAGCUAAUAAAUUGGAUGAAAAAUUAGAGAAAGCUGAUAGCGAGAAUACUGCUAGCGGAAGUUCUCAAAACUCAACUAGUUCUGCAAUAACUGAUAAUACAGAAACAAGUAUUAUAUCAGGUGAAGCUAAAUGCGAGGAACAAUCUGUUCAAUCACAGGAUGACAAACCAUGCGAUAAGGAUGCAAGAUUAUGUAAAAUUUGCUAUAGUAGAGAAGUACGGAUGGUAUUUAUGCCAUGCGGACAUUUAUUGGCGUGUGCAGAGUGUGCAAAAAAUAUGAAAAUAUGCGGCGUAUGUCGUAAGAAUGUUGAACUUACUGUACAAGUGUACAUCUCAUAGUGUCUUUAUCCUUGUGACAAAUCUGGAUUCUGGUAUAAAAUUUUCUACUUAUCAUUAUAAAGACUGACACUUUCCAAGCAAAACUGAAUGACAUGACUCAUGUAGCAUACCGAU